AUGGACGGACAAGGCCCCACGCCGACUACCGCCCCGGCGCCACAAGACACAGCGUGGAUGCACGGUGCGGUCGACGAGCUCCUACAGGCGCUCUACGGCGCCGGACCAAGCCAGCCCCUUCCCAGAGGCAGCCUCGUCUCCCAUAGCGCCGGCCUCUUCCGGUCACGGGCUCUACCCGUCGAGGUUAUCAUCAUUAACGACGACAACACGGAGAGAGCAAACCCGGACGAUCGCUCCGGACUCCGUCAGCCUCCCACCAGGGGAGUGCCGCCCCUAGCGCCUCUCCACGUCAGCCCCAUUGGACCACGACAACCCCAUCCGGAAGUCGCCCACCACCGUGGCGAUGACGAGGAGGGAGUGAACCCAGGGAACCGCGACGAACUACGUCCAGCACCUGCAAGGGGAAUACCGCCCCUAGUGCCCCUGCACACCGAUUCCAUUGGGUCACAACAACCCCCUCCGGAAGUCACCCACCACGAGACUAGCCGGGACAGUGGCUGGUCCAACGCCUCACAGUCGCCGCCCCCGCGUUGGACUCCGCCCAGCACCACGCACGCUGGACCUUCGCCGCCACAAAGCUGGACACCACCCGCCACCACUCGCUACCCAUCACCUCCGCCCUCGUACGAAGAGAUAUUUGGCCCGGGGCUGUACGCCGGGCCUCACGCCACCGCCCGAUGCGCUGCGGUCACCUCAAGAUGCGACCCUCGACCACGGCUGACCACCAUCGCGGAGCUGGCCGCGGAGGAGGCACGUCUUAGAGCGGAGGACCUUAGGGAGGAACUUGGCAUCCCGCUAGUGGCCCAACCAGCAGCUGAAAAUCCAUCACCAGCUGACAACCCACCACCACCGAACCCACACCGCCGAGCACGACGUCGGAGCGCGCCCUGGGCGCACAGUCCGUCUAGUUCGUCCGACGAGUCGUCACUAGACACCGACGGGGGAGCCCUCAACCCUCCCCGCUGGGUGUCUGCCCCGGCGGAGUGGACCACGCCGAACGGCACCCUGCCAGCAGCCCUGCUUCGCCGGAUACUCGGGCGCCUGGCGGUACCGAGGCGACGGACGAUCCGGGUCCUGGAGGAGGAGGGAAAUCAGCGGUUCCGAGUCCAAGUGAACCGGAGCGGAAGAGUAAUCGUCACUCUCCUAUUGGAAUAA